AUUAGAAGAAACGCGUAAAAUGAAAUUUUAUUUUCCUUGAUAAAGCAAGUGCAUCGGUGAAUCAUUUUCAUUCAAACGAACCGAUUCGCUCGCUGCAUUGAAUGAACAACAAAAGCUAGCCAAGACCCACCUACUACAUCUCACAAACUUCCAACACUCCAACGCGUUCACGCGAGGCGCUUAUUCAAAUGGCAUCAGAGGAUAAAACAAUCAGCUGUCUAUGCCGGCUAACGGUUAUUACGGCUUUCUUCUUUAUUGGCUUUAUUAUUGGUUGGUUUGCUCGACCUACUACUGUCAAUCAUGGACAUGCAUCAAAAAGCUUCCUGCAGGAGUUUCUGGAUGAGAUGCAGGCAAAGAAUAUUAAACACCAUCUCAGGAAGUUCACAAGGCUGCCCCACCUGGCUGGAUCACAGCAGAAUCUGGAUCUGGCAAAACAGAUCCGGGACGAGUGGAUGGAGUUUGGGCUGGACUCAGUGGAGCUCGAGCCGUACGACGUGCUGCUGUCUUACCCAAACAAAACUAAGCCCAAUUACAUCUCCAUAGUGGACCACCUGGGCAAUGAGAUCUUUAACACCUCUCUGGCUGAGCCGGUCCCUGAAGGUUAUGAAGAUGUUACCGAUAUCGUUCCUCCUUAUAGUGCUUUCUCUGCGAAAGGACAACCAGAGGAAGAGCUGGUUUAUGUGAAUUACGGCCGGACGGAGGAUUUCUUUAAGCUGGAGAGAGAGUUGGGAAUAAACUGUUCAGGAAAAAUCGUCAUCGCUAGAUACGGCAAAAUCUUCCGUGGGAACAAGGUGAAGAACGCGAUGUUAGCGGGAGCUAAAGGGAUCGUGCUGUUCUCUGACCCGGCGGAUUACUGUGCGGACGGCGUGGAGCCGUAUCCCGACGGCUGGAACCUGCCAGGAGGAGGCGCUCAGAGAGGAAACGUGCUGAAUCUGAACGGGGCGGGAGACCCGCUCACACCGGGAUACCCUGCCAAAGAAUACACCUACAGGUCGAGUCUGGAGGACGCAGUGGGGCUUCCCAAGAUCCCUGUGCAUCCCAUCGGAUAUCAUGAUGCGGUUCACCUGCUGCAGCAUAUGGGAGGACCUCUUCCUCCGGAAAACUGGAAAGGUGCCCUGAACAUCUCGUACAGAAUCGGACCGGGAUUCAAAGACGGUUUAAAUCAGAAUAAAGUGCGUAUGAACAUCCACACCAAUAAUCAGGUGACUCGUAUCUACAACGUCAUUGGCUGGAUCAGAGGAGCGGUGGAGCCAGACAGGUACGUGAUUCUGGGCGGUCAUCGGGACGCUUGGGUGUUCGGAGGGAUCGAUCCGGUGUCAGGAGCGGCUGUGGUGCACGAGAGCGUGAGAGCGGCUGGGAAGCUCAUGAAGAAAGGUUGGAGGCCGAGGAGAACGCUGAUCUUUGCCAGUUGGGACGCAGAAGAGUUUGGUCUGCUGGGAUCCACAGAAUGGGCAGAGGAUCACGCCAGAGUCCUGCAGGAGCGAGCCGUGGCUUACAUCAAUGCAGACUCUGCUAUUGAGGGUAUGUACACACUGCGAGUCGACUGCACCCCCUCCCUACACACUCUGGUUUAUGACAUCACCAAGAAGGUUUCGAGUCCAGAGGAGGGCGAGGAGGGCAUGACUUUAUAUCAGAGCUGGCACAAACGUGACAACUCCACAGAAAGAGAUGCACCGUGGAUCAGUAAACUGGGCUCUGGCAGUGAUUUUGAAGCGUAUUUCAUCAGAUUAGGCAUUGCAUCUGGAAGAGCGAGAUACACCAAAAACCGAAAAACCGAGCACUACAGCAGUUACCCCGUGUACCACAGCGUGUAUGAGACCUAUGAGAUCGUGGAGCGCUUCUACGACCCGAGUUUCCGUCGGCUGGAGGCCGUGGCCCGUGUUCGGGGAGGACUGAUCUUCAGUUUGGCCGAUUCUCUGGUCUUACCUCUGGACUGUGUGGAGUACGCCACGUCUCUCACCAAAUACGCCAACAGCAUCCACCAGCUGGCACUGAAGCACCCUGCUGCCAUGCAGAAGUACAGCGUCUCCUUCGAUUCUCUCUUCUCUGCUGUUGAGAACUUCACAGUCGCUGCACGAGACUUUCAUCAGCGUCUUGAGCAGCUCGACACCUCGAAUGCUCUGGCCGUGCGGAUGCUCAACGAUCAGCUGAUGUAUCUAGAGAGAGCUUUCACUGAUCCGCUGGGUUUGCCUGGGAGACCGUUUUACAGGCAUAUCAUAUUUGCGCCCAGCAGUCACAAUAAAUAUGCGGGUGAGUCUUUCCCAGGGAUUUAUGACGCUUUGUUUGACAUUGAGAACGCAGUGGACCCGCAGAAGGCCUGGGACGAGGUCAAACACCAAAUCAGCAUCGCCUCAUUCACGGUCAGCGCAGCCGCAGAGACGCUAGAGCCUGUCGUCAGCUAGACACCUUCCUUCACUUCUGGAUAUCAAAACAUGCUGUGGAUGUGGGACUAUAACAUGUCAGCCAAACCGUUCAGAUUUCAGUGUUUCAUCCUUCACAUGCAGAUCUGACUCUCAGAAGAAAGCAGAUAAACUGUCAAAUAUUAAUGAAAUAGUUCACCUAAAAAUAACAUUUUGUCGAGUACAUUUUCAGCUUCAGGCCAACCGAGAUGUAGAGCUUGUUUCUUCAUCAGAUUUAGAGAAAUGUAGCAUUGCAUCAGUGUCUCAGCAAUGGAUGCUCUGCAGUGAAUGGGUGCCGUCAGAAUGAGAGUUUUUAACUUUAAACGUUUACUUCUGGACAUAAUAUGAGUUCAUAAUACAUCAUAAUACACUUCUUCCAGUGGAAAAGUCCAUCUCCUGUUGUCUCUCACAUCAAAAUCCAUCUCUUCUUGUACAGAAGCAUGUUAUACUAUACUAAAUACUAAACUGCAUUGGCUUGUAAACGGUGCUUGAUCUGGGCAGAUUUCUCUCCUGAUUCAGACGAGAAGACUUUUUCACUGGAGGAAGUGUUAUUAUGGACUCGUAUUUUAGCCAGAAGCAACGCUUUUAAGUUAAAUCGUCUUAGUGCUGGUUUUGUUUCUUAGAAACGCACAGCUUUUGGCUUAUCCAGAUGUAUUGGAGUGCUGUGGAUUAUUGUGAUAUUUUUAUCAGCUCAUUAUCAGACUCUCAUUCUGACGGCACCCAUUCACUGCAGAGGAUCCAUUGAUGAGCGAGUGAAGUAACACAACAUUUCUCCAAAUGUUAUCAUGACCAAAAAACUCCCCUACAUCUAGAAUGACCCGAGGGCAGACACAGUUGCAGCAAAAUUGCAUUUUUGGCUGAACUAUUCAUUGAAGAUGUCUUUCAUCCAAAGAUAUUUGUACUGGACAAAAUGCAGGGAUGGCAUUAAUUGUCUUAAUUUAGUACAGAACAUAUGAAUGACUGCAGUGUUACAACCCUAAGCACAUUUCACACAUAUGAUUGGAUAAAAAUAAUUCUGAGAUGUCAUAAAGUAGUUCCUAAAAUUGUGACCAUUUGACCUCCAUGAUAAACAAUCAGAUUGAAAAGCGGUCAAUCAUGGAAGCAACUGUUUGAUACGUUGCUUGCAAAUCUUGCACAAAUUGUUGCAUAUGAGUGAAUUGUUUGCAAAACCAUUUUUGCAUAUAUUGUCUUAAUGGAAAAAUCUUUAAAAUCAAUAAACUGAUUGCACAAAUCA